AGUAGGCUUUGUUUUGGUUUUAUUCGGGGCGGGAAAGACAGCAAAUUACAUGGUUUCUUAAAAAUGUCUUCCAGACAGCAAGAUCCAGGCCAAUCUAUCUCUCCAGUCUUAUUCCUGACUGUGGAGGGUGAACGCAUGUCCUUCUUCCUUCGACCUGGUCCUCAUAAACGAAAGUUGCAGCCACUCAUCAAAGCUGGAGGAGGGAUAUUAUGUAGAGUCCAGGUGCCUGGAGCCAUCCUGCUGGUUGAUCCUGAGGAAAACAGCUCUGUUCUUGAAUCCGAUGCUCAUCGGUAUGUUUCCACCCAGUAUAUUCUUGACUGCAUUAAGAAAGAGGAGCAGCUGGAUUUGGAUGAUUAUAGACUGAAUCCAAAAGCAAUCCAGAAAUCCUCUUCAAAAUUAAACGACAGCCGUACUGGACUGUCAGGAGGCAGAAUUCCCUACAGCCCUGAAGAGGAUGCUGCCAUUUUAAAUUUCAUCAGCAAGCGUAAGUCAGAGACCGGGGGCAACCGGCUUUGGCAGGAGAUGGAGAAGCAGCGGGUGACCAGUCACAGCUGGCAGUCUAUGAAGUCUAGAUUCAAAGACCAACUAUCAAAGAACCAGUCUGCAUCUACAGAGGUGGAAACCAAAGAAGACAGCAACAAGCUGCCUGAGAAGAAGACUGAGGCGAAGCUCAAUCAGAAAUCUAAUGCUGAGAAAUCUUCCUGUGAAGCUAGUCCUGCUCAAACACAUUCAGCAGAAUCAGAUCUAACACAGAUCGAUGUCCAGUCAAUACCAGCAGCAGUCACACCUGAACAUGUAGAAACUCCGAUAACAGCCUCUGUUAUUGUGGAAGAGAGCAAAACAUCAGAGGAACAGCCAAAUAUAAACAUUCAAUUGGAGAGUGUUGGAGGUGAAACUUCUCACUGUUGUCAAACUGAAGAACAGGCAGAGAAGCACGCCAGCACAGAGACAACAGAACCAGAAAAAGAUGAACCUCUGACUCCUGCUUCCCCACGAAAACAUCAUUUAUCAAAAAACUCCCCUGCAGAUCAGCUGAAACUAACGAGUUCACCUAACAGAGCAAAAGAAAAGCUGGAGGCAUCGCUGGUGCAGGAGGAACCACAGCGUCGAUUAACACGCAGGCAGCUGGAGCUGGAGGCAGCGUCUUCAUCCCCUGAGCCGUACGGAAAAAAACUGAGAUCAGCCUCCAGCAUGGCGGAGCGGUCCACAGCAUCCCCACCACACUCGAAAAAAACAAAAGCUGCCGUGAAGUUAACUAACCAAAGAACCCAAGUAGCAGAAGAACCGCCUCAUAAGAAAGCCAGAGGGAAGAAAGCUGCAGCAGAGGUGGAGAGUCGGGUGGAGCAGAACAGAAACAACGCUGAAACUAAAACUGUGCAACCAGAUGAAGCCAUUUCAUCCCCACAGAAAGCAGAAAAGAAAAAAGAGAAAAGGCAGCUGGGAAUUCUUGAAAUGGCAACUAAAGAGUUUGAAGAUGAUUUUGAGUCUGAUGAAAAUGAAGGUCCAGAUCUCCUUGACAGUAUUGAAAGAACAGCUGAAACAACACCUGCAUCAGUAGAUGCUCCACAGCCUUCAGACUCAUCUGCAGAUCCACCAGGUACUCAGCCCAACCCUGAAGCUGAACCCAACACAGAGGGGGUCGGGCCACAGACUCAGAGCUCAAGCAGCAACUGCGUCCCGAACCCCGACGCCCCCGAUGCCGAGUCCGUCCAGCUGCCUGUUUCAGAGCUCAUCAGCGACUCUUCAAAGGCCCAUUUGUUCAUAUUUGACAGCGAAUCUCAGCUAGAUGACUUUCAGUUUGUGGAUGGCGAAGGCUCAGCAGCUCCACAUCACCCUCAGUGCUCAGAGGACAAAGAUGCAGCGUUUUCUUUAACUCAGUCGGAGUUAGAAGAGGAUAAGCAGCGAAUCAGGGAGCUGAUGACCCAGACCAACCAGGACCUGGUCAGUGUCACCAAAGCUUUGCUAAAGACCAGUGGAGACUUCACUGCUGCCGCUGACCUGCUUCUGAACCCCUCAUCUGUUUCGGAACCAUUUUGGAGUCGCAAUGAUGACAGUUUGUUGCUUUCAGCCGAUCCUGUCAGCCGGCAGAAGCUGCAGGAAAAAUACGGGGAGGAGAAUGUGGCCAAGAGGAUUGUGUUUCUUGAAGUGAAAGGAUAAAGAUAGUACAGGACAACAAGAUUGACGGUCUGGGCCGCUGAGAUCUUGUGCUCGAUUUAAAAUUUAAACCAAGAUUGACUAUUAAAACAGGGAUUGGAAAGAUUUUAUUUGUUACACCUAGUGUGUAUAAAUAUGGAGAUGAUCCUUGUUUUGUUUUAAGAAUAUUUGUGAUGCAUUUUAGCCAGAAAAGAUGUAAUUGUAUUUGUUUUUAAUAUUUUAUUAAAUUGCCUAAUAAAUAUGCCAGUACCAUUUAAUAAGUUGGAUUGUUUUUUUUACUGUCAUAACAGGCAAACCAACUUUCUUGUGGACCGGUUUGCUGUUUCUUCAUGAUGCUGUUUGUUCAAUAAUGCUCUUUAAGAAACACCUGAAGCCUCCAUUGAACACCUGAAUUUAUACUCAGUUUAAAUUACCUUAUGUUAAGGUAAUUGAAUGUAAUUAAUUUAUUCAUUAACCAAUUAAUAAAUUAGCAUUUAUUCAUUGGUUGACUUCUGAAGAUAAUUUCUUUUGUCUUU